CUCUGUGAAAUGAAUUCUUUUGUUGGCGCGCGUAGAUGUUGUAAAUUUAAUGCGCUAAAUAACCACUAGAGCACGCGAAGCAUGAUACUUUCUCGUUGACACUCAGAUGUGAUUUUGAUUCUAUUUAUAAAGGAAGAAUCGAAAGUUGUGUAAUUCGUCGUGUUGAAGUGGAGAAAUGAAACUAUACCUAACCUAAUAUUCCAAACGCCGUUGUCCCGGCGGCUGUAAAUCCGUGGACGAUUAUAAUUCAACGCGAUGUUUUUUUUGUAUUUCGUACAAUCGUAUUUUUGCUUGGAAAAAUAAAAUAAUACUACGCUUUUGAAAAUUUUUCGUACUCCGAAAAUCUACGAUUUAAGUUCUCACUUUGAAUACACAUAUCUUGUUAACUCUCUUAAAACAGCUAUCAAAAUUCAAGGGGAUAACACGACCCUACAAGAUCCAAGAUAUUUUGGCCAAUUCUUUCUCCGGGGUUAUUCAUGUAUUACUUUCCUUCAUAAAAUCCUGUAAUCUCCAGCUCUGAACGAAGCAACCUCCUGACACAAUACCUUUUAACACACUACAUUAUUCUCUCGCUCAAACCAGUUGUUGGCCUGAAUAUACUGAUCGCUCCUAGAUCAGAAGUGGCCAUUAAAUUCUCUAAAGAAGAAGAAGAAGAAGAAGAAGAAGAAGAAGAAUACACAUAUCUUGUGAAAAGUAAAUUUCUAACAUCGAGGACUCAUCAUUUUCAUAACGAGAAAAGUUGAAAGGAUAUACACAGUGUUUCACGUUAUGGCAGAAGAAGAGAAAGGAAUUGCGAUAACACACAUGCCACACCAUGUGCAGCAAAAAUUGUGUCAAACUCGACCGCCUUACAGACAAGGAAAAAAAUUGACAGCAGUCAAGGUUUAUACAAUUAACGAUGAAUCACAGCAUUUACUAAUAUGUGGAGUACCAAAAGUGCAAUUGGGAGAAGAAGUGGGAAAACUUGUUUAUUCUUAUGGAGAUGUAAAGGCAAUUCAAUUGGUGACUGAAUAUCCUUCAGAGGAAUUUACAGAUACAUAUCACGUACAUUACACAUAUAUUCAAAGUGCAAGGGUAGCAAAACGACUGCUUGAUAAUAAAAAUUUUUUUGGUGGGGUUCUGCAUGUUUUUUAUGUCCCUGAAUUAGAAACUCUUGCAGAAACAAAAGCAAAACUUAUACAACGCCGAAAAGAUGUAGCAAUACAUAUAAAAAGAAAUCAACAGGACUUAACGAAUCCGACGAAAUUUAUUCCAAAAGAACAGUAUCAUAGAAAAAAGAAAAAUCCUGCUUUACCCCUUACUGAAGAACGACUUAAACAUUGCUACCCAGGAGAAACAUUGUCAUCUAUUUGCAAUGGAAUACCUCAGAACAUAGAUCCACGACUUGUGUCUGAACCUCGCUUACCGAUAAACUGGAAUUCCAACAGUAGUAUCGCAUCUGGUUCAGAAUCAUUAUCGGCACCGUAUCAACCGACUGAAGCAGUGAUACAGACAGGCAUUCAGCAAUCAAACAAAAAUUCAAAAUUAAACAUGCAAAAGAGAAAGAAUUACAAAGGCCAAUAUAUCAACAAUGAUGUAAAAGUUAAAAUUGUUCGCCCACGGUUGAUAGAUACCAGAAAUAUAGCGAAAUCAAAUUCUGUUGAAAAAACGAAUAUGUUUUAUAACGUAAAGAAAAUAGAGAACAGAAUUACAGUGAAGUUAUUAGAAAAAUCUGAUACUGUAAAGAAGAAGAUAGUUAUAAAAGAUCCAAAUGUAACGCAUCUAAUACAAUCCAGCAAAGAUCUUCAACACUCGAUUCAAGCAGCGAAGUCUCAAAUUCGCGCAGCAAUGCAGAAACAUGACACUUAAAUAUGUUUAAAAAUUGAAUUAUUAAUAAA